AUCAUUUAUUUUUCAUAAACAGAAGAAACUAAGUUUUAAAAGUUAGCUAAACGCUUUGAUUAUAUUUCUCUUUUUCCUCUCAAAAUCGGAUUUAUAUAUUAAAAUUUUUGGGAUUUGUUUUUGUGAUCAGUCUUAGAUAUAUAUAUAUAUAUAUACACACACAAAGUUCUUUUAACUUGGGAUGGCUAAUAGUUACUUCAAAGUGGAGACGGCACCUUUUGAUGAUCAGAUAGUUCCAGACAAGGAUGAUCUCCAGUUCUCUGUAGAUGUUGCUUCAGCAGCAGUUGGAAACGGUUGGCCACAAGUGGAACCGGAUUUAGAACAAUACUUGGUGUCACCAACACAGAGCUCACCAGCCUUCAGGAAGCGCCAACGUCGUGACAGCGCAUCAGUAGUGGGUGAAUUCUUCAACGAUGAUGGUGAACUGAAAGGUGGCCUCUUAUACAGUAACUCGAACAACCUUCGUAUCGGUUUAAUGAACUGUAACAGCGUUUAUAAUAACAUGGCCAACCAGAAUGGCGUAGAGCUUCACCGUGGUAACAGGUUAAUGGUGAUGAAUUCAGUCAAUAUGAACGGUUUUAAGACCCAGUUGGUGCAUCAGGCUAUUACCAACAAUGGUGGUAGCAAUAUGGGCAGCAACGGUCACUUGCCGUCAAUAGAGGACGGUCGUAAAGAGCUGGACUGGGACGAGUACUCAUCAAAUAUCAAAUUGGAACCAGAUAACUUUGACAUCGAUUCUAUAGGGGGUAUGACCAAUGUUGAUUACAUAAAUUCGAUUGACCAGCAAGACCUGGAUUUGAACCAGGAGAACUGCAAGGCCUUGUGGGACGACAUACGUCUGGGAAUGCACAUGGUCACUUCUCAGGACACUUCUCAGGACACUAUGGCCGGAUUAACUAAUCGUAUCAAGAGUGAACCUAUUGAUACUGAGUGGGACAAGCCCGCCUGUCAGUACACCUCAUCGAUUUUGCUCAACAAUACCGGUAACAACCAGAACAACAUUAUUAACAAUAACAGUAAUAGCAACCUUGGCAACAAUGGUGUUAACAUGCUUACUGCUUGUAAAUUUGAGCCGGUUCGGACAGCAUGUGCUAUAGAAUCGAAGCCGAACAUAAAUGAGGCCGGCGGGCAUCACCGGACUAAAGUGGGUAAACUUCAAUCAUCUCUUAUGUCGAUGGGCUACGCCACACAACUUCCUGCUCAUCCCCACCACCAGAAUCUCACCUUCUUGUCCUCACCAAAUUCCUCUUCAUCACCUUCCUCAUCAGCUCUAUCCAACUCCUCCUCUUCCUCAUCGACGGGUGGCCCCCUGUUUCCGACCCCACCCAAUUCACUGCCCGCCAGCCCCGUCCAGGAAGGCUCAUUCCGACGCACACCACCGCCGCCGUAUCCAGGCAACCCGCGUCACUUUAUGAACUCCGUACUGUCAGUUCCCCCUGUGAGGACAGUAAACAAAAAACAACCGGUGACACAUCCUGGAUGCUCAACCAUAAAGUACAACAGAAAAAACAACCCUGAGUUGGAGAAAAGACGAGUUCAUUUCUGUGAUUUUCAAAAUUGCCGUAAAGCGUACACGAAAAGCUCUCACCUGAAGGCUCAUCAGCGAAUCCAUACAGGAGAAAAACCUUAUCUUUGUACGUUUCCUUCCUGCCAGUGGCGCUUUGCUCGCUCCGACGAACUCACCAGGCACAUACGAAAACACACCGGUGCCAAGCCAUUCAAGUGCAAAGUCUGUGAGCGAUGCUUUGCACGUUCUGAUCACUUGGCGCUGCACAUGAAACGCCAUGAACCCAAGAACAAAUGAACCGAAGGUUUAGAAUUUUGUUCUACCAUGCACACCGUGAAGGAUUUCGGAGACGACAAUAGUAACAGAAGCGGGGCAUGGCUGAAAACACGCUCUUUCCUCGCCUCUUCUUGUGUUCGUCACCCUUGUGAAACGGGCCAGGCAUGUGGUAGUUUGCUUGCACAGGACAGGGUCCUUCAAACCCUUCGAAGAGUGGGGCUAGAUGAAACCCACUGUCUUGAUGCACCAAUUGCUGUGCCGCGAAACCUCUGGUGCUGACAUGAGCUUUGUGAUUGGAGUGUGAAAGAUUUAUUAUUUUCCCCUCAAUUUUUGCAACUAAUUUUUUUUUUUUUUAACUAUUAAAAAAAAAAUACAUUUUUACACACACCAUAAAAAAAAAAAAAGAACAAUGAAAGUUGGAAAAUUUUUAAAGAAAUAAAACUUUAUACAGAAAUAUAUUGUACUGUGGAGUAUUAAUGGCUAGAAAAACCACUUUUUUUUCUCUCUUUUUAAAUUUAAAAAAAAAAAUUUUUUUUUUUUUUUUUACAACGUAUAGCCCAUCUCCACCCCCAGAAAAAAAAAACUCACCAUCACCACCUCACUGUUAUAUUUCUUAAACUCAGACCUCUCCUCAAAUAUACAUUUAGAGGCUUACACUCAUACAUACACACAUUACAUAAUUACAUAGAAAACCCCAUAGUGUGUUGGAUUCAUCAAUUCACCAAAAACAGACUAUGAAUUAUAUAUUGUUUUACAAAUUCUUUUAUUAACGACCAAACACACUAAUUUCUCAAAGACAUUCAGUAAUGUGUUAUUUGUUCAUAUUGAUCAUCAUAAUAAUAAUGAUAAUAAUAAUUAUUAUUAUUACAAUUAUAUACUGUCAAUUUAACAUUUAAAAAAAUAAUAAUAAUAAAAGUGGACAACUGUCUUUAUUUUAUAUAUA